AUGUUGUUCAAAUCAUUGAUUCCAUCUGCCUUAUUGGCAGUCUCCAGUUUGCUCACUUCGGCUAAAGCUGAGGAUUUGCCAGCAAUCGAAGUUGUUGGAAACAAAUUCUACUACUCCAACAAUGGUUCCCAAUUCUACAUCAAGGGUAUUGCUUACCAACAAAACACAGUCAACUCAAGUGAUUCCUUUGUCGACCCCUUGGCAGACGCCAAGACUUGUAAGAGAGAUAUCCCAUACUUGCAAGCCGUUGACACCAACGUCAUUAGAGUCUAUGCUUUAGACGUUGAACAAGACCACACCGAAUGUAUGGAAGCCUUGGCCGAUGCUGGUAUCUACGUUAUCGCUGACUUGUCCCAACCAGACGAAUCCAUCAAUAGAAAAUCACCCGAAUGGACCUUGGACUUGUUCCAAAGAUACACCGAUGUCGUUGACAAGUUUGCAAACUACACCAACGUCUUGGGUUUCUUUGCCGGUAACGAAGUCACCAACGACGAAACAAACACCGACGCUUCUGCUUACGUCAAGGCCGCCAUCAGAGACACAAAGGCAUACAUCAAGGCAAAGAACUACAGAUCCAUCCCAGUUGGUUACUCCUCAAACGACGACUCAACCAUUAGAGUUGCUUUGGCCGACUACUUUGCUUGCGGUGACCAAGACGAAAGAGCAGACUUUUUCGGUAUCAACAUGUACGAAUGGUGUGGCUCAUCCUCUUACAAAUCAUCAGGUUACCAAACUGCUACUGACGACUAUGAGAAGUUGGGAAUCCCAAUCUUCUUUUCCGAAUACGGUUGUAACGAAGUCCAGCCAAGAAAAUUCCAAGAAGUUGGUACCUUGUUUGGCAGCGACAUGACCGACGUCUGGUCAGGUGGUAUCGUGUACAUGUACUUUGAAGAAGAAAACAACUAUGGUUUGGUGACCAUCGACUCCAACGGUGAUGUCUCCACUUUGGCUGAUUACAACUACUACAAGUCAGAAAUCCAAAGCAUUAGCCCAUCUUCUGCCACCAUCAACACUGAAACAUCAACCGGAGUCUCAUCAGCUACCUCAUGUCCUACUGCUACAGACGUUUGGUCAGCUUCAACUGACUUGCCACCAACCCCAGACAAGGACAUCUGUGACUGUAUGCAAGCCUCAUUGAAGUGUGUUGUUAAGGACUCAGUCGACACCGAUGACUACUCAGACAUGUACGACUAUGUCUGCUCCAAGGUUGACUGUAGUGGUAUCUCAACCAACGGUACCACCGGUAAAUACGGUGCAUACUCACCAUGUUCAGACAAGGAGAAGUUGUCCUUUGUCUUGAACUUGUACUACUUGGACCAAGAUGAAAACAGCUCAGCUUGUAACUUUGGUGGUUCAGGUACUACUCAAAGUGCCUCAACUGCUUCAUCAUGUUCCGCUUACUUGAGCUCUGCCGGUGUAUCUGGUUUGGGAUCUCUUUCAGGAUCAGUCAGAACUGAUACUUCAAAGGCCACCGACAGCGCCGACAGCGGCUCUUCAGGUUCUGGUUCUUCAGGUUCUGGUUCAUCUUCCUCAUCAGGAAGCUCUGACUCAACCUCCAGCUCCAGCUCUGACAAGAAAUCUGCUGCUUCAACCAUCAGCUUAUCUGUCUUGACCAAGACCGGUGUUGUUGCUCUUUCCGUUGUCCUCGGUUUCGGAAUGAUCAUGAUCUAA